AUGAGCAACAAGAUUGAAUACUUUGUGAAGUAUUCAGUUGCACCUCCGCCCAGCAGAGAUUAUUACGGUCUAAAGAUUCUUCAAGACGAGGUGAUUUUAUACUUGUGGAGGAUCUCUCACGGACCCCACAAAGGACCAAUCGUACAUCGUGCCAAGCUCAUCGAAUUCAAUCAGGAGAAAGCCUUGCAAGACGAAAUACGUUACGCAUUUGGUAGACAUUUGUUAAAACACGUGAAAAAUAUUGCCGAAGGGAAUAGAAAUACUCUUUUGACUUUACCCAAAAAUUUAAUCGGAAGAAUUUCAAGAUAUUUAAAAUUCACAGAUAUUAUCAAAUUAUCCUCGUUGUCGCACGUCGCCUAUGAGGUAUUUAAUACUGAUUCAAUCUGGCAGAUAUUUUACAAGAGAGACAAAAAAGCCGAAGUUAGUCUAGAGGAAAGGGAGAAGGCUAGAAUCUAUGGUUGGAAGCAAUUGUAUAAAGAUAGACAAAUGCAGACGUCAAUAAGAGAUCAAAAAAAUUUUUCUCGAGUUCCGGUUAAACUUAUAAAUGAUGCAAAAACUAAUCAAUUACUGGGACCCACACGUACACAUACAAACACCAGCAAUGCGUCUAAAUCUAUCUCGAAAACAACUUCAAUCACAAAUAUUAUACCGAAGAAACGCUCAGAGUCUUCCAGCACGAAUCUCGUUACAAUUCCACUUUCCAAAACGAUGUCCGAUACUCGAUUUCGCGCAAAUAUAAGGAACGAGAAAUUAAUUCCACAAAAGAAGAAUGUGGGAAAUGCUAGUUUUACACUUAACGUAAAUGAGAAACACGUUAAAAAGGAAAUUGCAUCGAAAACAAUUAUAAAACGAGAACCUAAAAAUCUUUCCAAGUGUGACGAAUUAUCUGACAAACAACAAAACAAGAAUAAAUCGGAAAAGUAUCUUAAUAAAAUCGAUAAUACUAGCAAUGCAAAAUCAAUAACAUUAUCACAAGAAAGCAAACUAAAAUCCAGUACUUCUAAAAUAUCCUCUUCUAAAAACACUGUAGGAAAUGCCAAAUCUUCUUUAGAUUUAACGCAGAAUUCUCCCAACAAAAUUCGAUCGAAAAUAAAGACAAAGCCUAAGAAGAAGAUAACCGCGACCAGAUCUGAAAUAUUCAACACCGAUGCAGCUUUGCCGAAGAAUUCUUUCGAAAAUGAUAAUUUCGACUUAGCUGAUCUAAUCGAAGCAAGCUUGAAAAAUAUCCGAAGUCCACGAAGUAUAUUUGAUUAUGAUUUUAGUUGCAUACAGCAACCGGAUGCAACAAAAAAAGACAUUUUAAAGAUUAGAAACGAAAUUCAGAGCGUCAAUAAGUUGAACCAACUAAACCCCUCCCGAAACACGAAUAACUUUUCUAACAAAAUGAUACGAGGAGGCGAAUUUCUCGAGAAGCUUUCAGAAAGAUCUGAAUCCUUUAGUGAAAUAUCCAACGAAUCUCUUAUAAAUGAUAUAAAAUUUGUACCGGAUGGAGACAAUAAAUCGAUAUUAUUAGCUGAAAAAUACAGGAAAGCUCGGGAAGACCUCCAACAAUCCUUAGAUUGGAAACGAAAUAUGUCAGUACCUUCUGAAGAUCGAUGGGAACCAUAUUCUGAGGUAAAUUUCCGGAAUAAAUCCCUUAAUCCUAAAAAUGUUGACAAUAAUGGAGAGAAGUAUCUUAUUUCUCGAAGACCAAGAAAUUCCUCUCUUUUAAAAGCUUACACUUCGAGCAGCUUGGAGAGUAAAAAGAAUGUUGGCACACAUAGUUUUAAAAAUGUCAAAUAAAACUCACAGAAAUCUGAAAAAAAACAUUA